AUGUUCCAUCAGCUUCUAAUCAUAAUUAUCAGUUAUGGCCUAUUUCAAAGUGUGAUACAGGGACGAUGUAUCGGUGCUGGCUGUGAUAAGCAUCAAUCUUUGAAAUCAUUACGAUUUGCUCCAGUUAACUGUCAUAAUCAGCAUUAUCACAUAACAAAAUUUUGCUCAGACUGUGAAGCUGAUAAGAAUGUUAUCAGUAAUAAUUGUUGUAAUUGUUGUAAUUGCUGUUGCAAUCAGAUAUCAUCACAUCCUUGUACAAAUGAUAAUGAUGAUUCUACCGGUGAUGCAACCGUAACAGCUACCGGAUGUGGUGGUCCCUCAACAGAUUGCAAUUCGAGAGAUGCAACAGAAUCGGACACUUCAAAGGAUGAAGAUGAGUCUCCUCCGACAAGUGUCACAUCAAUUUCCGGUAAAGCAUCGUCUGAGUUCAAAUCAAAUUACCCAUCUGUUCCGUCGUCAUGCCCUACAUCGUCAUCCUGUAAAACUAUCUCAAAUCCUCAACGAUUCAGUCGAAAUAGCGAUACUGGAAUAUUCAAGAAAAACAUUACAUUGCCGCUACUUCCCGCCGGUGUACCGAUCAUUCCAUCACCUCAAUUGGACUUGUUAACUGCUGGCGGUAAUGUCAAAUUUAGCAAAAUUCGAGAUCUUCAUUUGUCAACAAUUAAACCACCAUCAGUAAAAAAGUCUUUAGCACAGUCAAAUAUCCAAGAACAAAUUGUGAAUAAUUUCCCAUCGCAUGACUGUUGCACUCGGUGUAAUGGCGCAAAUUGUAUGCCACGAAAUGGUAAUGCAAUAUUAUUAGCAGCAAAUACAUUUCAAAAUAGACAUGAUCACGAUACGAAAUGUAAAAGCAAAGAGUUGGCAAAAUUAAUGAUGGCGAAUAUGAAAAGAGAUCCGACACGAUCAAAACGAGCAAUACAACGAGCAGCAGAACAGAACUUUGCCACACAAUUUAAUGUCAUCUGUUCCAAAGGUGACUUUAGCUAUGUGACACAUGCAAUUGAAUAUUGUGAAGUAUCUAAUCGAGGUACCACCUGCUAUGCUUUUAGAAUUUCAUGA